UAAGAAUGGCCAUGCGGUAAGGAAUUCAACCCGCGCAAAAAUAGGAUUCCGUCGCCGGCGUCGCUUGAAAAUCUGGUUAAUUUUGUGUAGAAACGCAGCGCUACAAGGAAGUAGUGCCUGAAAACGUUUGUUAGGACCAGGUCCUAAAGGAUUACGCAAAAAUGAUCGCAGCGGUUAUUAAUCAAGCCGUCACUGGCUUGCCAUUUGUGGCUAUACUUUUUGUAACCGCCUUGGCAGUCUUCAAGGGCUACAUGAAUAUUCGAUCCCGCUACAACGCCCACGUGAACUGCUGGUUUUGCAACGGUAACACCCGUGUGCCCUACCCAGAGCGGAAUAGCUGGAACUGUCCGCACUGCGACCAGUAUAACGGCUUUACCAAGGAUGGUGACUACAACCGGGACAUGACCUCGCAGCGGGACUGCAGCCACAACUCCGACAAGAGCCACUCGCAGGGCAGCUCCAGCAUAUGCGCCAACUCCUACUACGCCGACGUCCUGGCCGCAAAUCCUGCACCAGCCCAGACCAACGGCCUGUGCGACCUUUGCAACGAAGCACAGCGUCUCAAGGUGGAGAAGCUCUCCCAGUUCGAGCCCAAGAACGAGUCUCGAUUCGAGCAAGAGCUCAAGGUGUACAGGGAGCAAUUGGAGCAACAGUUCCGGCUCUGUAGCAGCUGCGAGCGGCACGUGAACAAGGUCCUGCACGAGAAGAAAAAGAUGGUCCUAGGCUCCAAGUUCCUGAACUUUAUCAUCAAGGGAGCUGCGCUCCUGAAGCAACCCCACUUCAACCGGCUUGCAAGCGCCCAGCGGCAACGGAAACUGCACUUCUAUCGCUUGGCGAUGACACUGCUCACUAUCGGCAACAUAAUAUGCCUGCUCUGUCAUCUGCCACAAGCCACGGGCGCCCAGUUCAAGUGGCUGCUGGGCGACUUCUUUGGAACGACUAUGUUCAAGGCCUAUUCUCAUGGACUGGCACUCGUCCGAGUAUUGAUGGGAAGCGUGGGUAGACUCUUGGAGAAGGAGGAGACGUCUGCGAAGCUGCUGCUCUACGCCAGAACCUUUGGCAAACUAUUGCUCUACUCCGUUGGCCUCAACCAGCAGCAAAUCCAGCAAGCCACCUUCGCCUCAUGUUACUACAACCUUUAUCCGUACGUCAUGCUCGCACUAAGCUUCCUGUACAAAAUCAACGACGGCCUCAAGUUCACACGGUUCACGGUUGUCCUGCUCAUGUGGAGUGCUAACGCGAAAAUCCGCGAUCUUGUGGUCAUCGACGACGUGGUCUUUCUACUUUUGGGCAGUGUGCUCACCCUGGUCCUGCUAUCCACCGGAAAUUCCAGUCUGCUCAAACACCCAUCGCCUGACGAGACCGCCGGAGAGAGCUUCCAUCGCCUGUGCGCCGAUGAGUGCAUCAGCGACGAGGAGACCCUCAGCCUUCUCAGCCAGCAGCUAAGCGGAUGCAGCAGCACUGUCGGAAACAACAACAACAGCGCCAGUAACAUGUCCUUACCCUCGGCCUCCGUUUGCAUGUCGCCAGCCCCGACCAUUUCGCCUAGAAGCGUCCACAUGCCGCCGGCUUCCGUGCUUUCACUGGGCGCACUUCGUCUGUCCAAACACCAGCAGCAGGAACAGCAACAUCUGGGAUGGCGCUCAAACUACGGAGGAAGUGGUGUUCCUUCAAUGGGAUUCCAGCAGCAACAAAGGGCAUCUGCUGCAAGGCCGAUGGAGUCGCCCUGGUACCGGCACUCGACCACCAAUCUCAGCCAGGCCCAGCCAUUCGCCAGGUCCACUCAGAAUCUAAUAAACCCUUCGCGGCUGCCGAUGUCGAACCGGAAUCUUGGUGGGGGCGAUGUGAGUGCCUGGGUGGCGGCCACCCAAUCUAUCAACCAGGACCUGGGCACCGCCAGCCUGAUGCGGCACUACGAAGAGAAGCAGCCGCAGCAGAUCUCGCGAACUUCCUCCCAGUCCUCUGGCUUCGAGUCGCAGCCCGCGCGAAUGGAACAGCAGUGGGGAUCCGGUGCUCCGAGCGCUCCGCCCCUUAGCGACUACGGAUGGCCCGAACUCCGGGAGAGCCAGCGGAACCUAGUCGUGCCGCCUCUCGCCUCGCCGGCACCAACCCUGACCUCUGAGUACCAGUCCAUCGGAAGAAGUUCCCUGCAGCAGAUGCCGAUGCCGCAGCAUGUGCCACCGCCUCAAACACAGCAAAAGCCCAUGCAGCAGCAAACGAUUCAGCCCGGCGAUCUGCUCAGGAAGUGGAUUGAGAGCAGUCGGAAGAUGUGAGGCAUCGUUACCUGGACGCAGAUGAGGCUGCGGUGAAGACCCACUGAAGAAACUCGCGGUCAAUGGUUGACUUUUGAUAUUUUGGCCGUCGAGAAUUAAUUUAUUUCAAUUAGUACUUUUAAGUUUUUAUUGGCCCACAACAAUUUUUUGGAGGCAUAACGCUUGUGUUCAAGGAAUGGUUAUCACUGCCAGACUCAGGAUUUGACUAGACACUUGAAUUUCCACUGACUAUUUUACUGUUUCAAGAUUGCAUUUGUGUCUUUGGCACUAAGAUUUUAGUAAUUUUGCGAAGCUGGUUGACAAGAUGUUAAAGGUUAAGGUACUCCAAAUCAAAGGAGAGGCUCUCGUGUUCAUUUUUUUAAUAGGAAAAAGACAAACCAACACUGCAACUGAACAAACGAACUCAAUUUAUACUAUACAUUUUUGGCUUGUGAUUAUUAACCCAAUUUAUUUAUUGGUAAUUUGAAGUUUAUGAAUUAAAUAAAUAUUUAAAUAAA